AUGGGAUGCUGCUUAGCGACAUUGCUCGACCCAGCGCCACCUGAACGAGUUGUCAAAUAUUUUUGGCAUAUUAAAGGUAUUUAUGUUGAAGUGCAAAAUGACGUCAAAAAUAAAUUCAUUAGAUUUGCGCCAGGAGUGAUUUACGUUCAAAAUGGAUUUUUGUGGUACAAACCGCGCCGCCUUACUUCAAGUCGAAAUAAAUCAACGUUACAGUUCGAUAUUUGUAAAUUAGAAAAUAUUAUUGUUCGAUCAAAUUUCAUUUCAGAUCACGAUCCACGCAAAUAUUCGGGCCCUAUUGUCGAUAUAUUCGUUAGCGAUGCCUCAAAUCCAACACAUAUAGGAAUUAGAAGCGAUAAAGCCGAAUCAGCAUCACAGCUUCGAUUUUUGUCCCUUGAAGGGAACAGCACAUUAUGGGAUCCGUAUGACGCUGAUAACUAUCAGGCGAAGAGAUCUUAUCUCAAUAAGCUUUUGAGGAAGCCAAUUUGA